AACAACCCAAUGUUGGCGGCGGUGCAAAUUUAUAGCUAUUGGGUGAUAUUUCUUUGUUGUUUUCAUUCGAUUUCUAUUGCGAUUUAUUAAUUUCCCAACGAUCUAAUGGAAACCGACGCACAUAUGAUGUCUCAACAAUACGCACAAGCUCAACCAACACAAAUACAACACACACAAGCUCCUCAACCAAGUACGUUAAGUCUGUUUGCGAUUCAUUGGUGUUAUUAUUUUCUCACUAGUCAAUAUUGGCCAAAUGUAAGGAAAAUAAUAAUUAUUAAAGACGUGCUCUUACAUUUGAGACGUAAACAGCAAACCACCGUGGAUCAAGGAAGCUGAUUAGAAAAAAAAAAAAAAACCCAUUGCGUUUAACCGUGAGAGCCCAACAAAUUGAAUUGAUAUAAAAUAUCUAACCUAAAUGUUCGCAAUUUGGAAUAAUGAAUCUAUAACUCGAAUUUAUUUGAAAUAAUCUCCAGUGGAGUAAUCAAACUUCCAAAUGUUAAUUUAAUAUUAUUUGAAAUGUGGUAUUUUUUGUUUUCAAAUGUUACUAACCCAUUAUUGUUAUACAUUUAUACCAACAAUUGUAAAUUAUAACCAAAACGUUUUUAUGAAUUUAGCUAGAUACUUACUAAUAUGGAUCCUUGGAACCUGUUAUUUUAAUAUUAAGAAUAAAAUAAAUAUUUUUUUUAUCGCCUAAUUUUAGCAAGAGAAAUGCAACAGACUAGUGCACCAACAUCAGCUGAUGCUUGUUUAAGUAUUGUCCAUAGUUUAAUGUGCCAUCGGCAGGGAUGGGAGAGUGAAGGAUUUGCUAAACGAGCAAUUGAAUCAUUGGUUAAAAAAUUAAAAGUAAUUCUACACAAUUGAAUUUACUGCUCAGUCAUUAAAUUAAUGUCAUAAUUAAUAAUUGCAUGAUAACUAUAAUAUUAAUAUGAUGUUCUGAAAUAUAAUUUUUUUCUUAUCAUUUAGGAAAAACGAGAUGAAUUAGACAGUCUUAUUUUGGCUAUAACUACAAAUGGAUCUCACCCAAGUAAAUGUGUUACAAUUCAACGAACAUUAGAUGGCCGAUUACAAGUAUGUCAUAUUUAUAUUUAAUACAUCCAAUCAUUUUAAUAAUUUAAAAAAAAUAUUGUUAAUUUCAAAUGAAAUUGGAAACUAAAUUAUCUUUUGUCACAUAUUCAGCAUAAAAUAAUAUAUACUAUAUGUAAACAGAUUUGAACUUAGUGUGUAGUGUACAUGAGAUCUGUCUGGCCAUUUUGAAUUUCAGUAUUUAAUUUUCUAAAAUUUGAUUUGAACAUUUAAAAAGUGGCCUGUUUACCUCUUGCUUAAAUGAAAUCGGUUUUUAGAAUUUUUGUCGUUUCAAUUCAUCAAUUAAAAUUAUUCUAAGAAAAUUGGUUUAUUUUCUUUUACUAUGUUAGACAAAGGAAAAAAACUAUUUUAAUUUAAUUCAUUAUUCAUAUUUUAUAAAAAUUAUAUUACCUAUACAAUCCUUAUGGAUAACCAAUUGCAGUUUUUAAUUUUCUAAUAAUUUUUUAAAACUGCUUUAAUAUUAUCUUACUCAAAUUUCUGUUGUAUAUUAAAAAUUAUUUAUUAUUUUAUUUAAUUACAGGUGGCUGGGCGAAAAGGUUUCCCACAUGUUAUAUAUGCAAGAAUUUGGCGGUGGCCAGAUUUACAUAAAAAUGAACUCAAACAUUUGAAAUAUUGCCAAUAUGCAUUUGACUUGAAAUGUGAUUCUGUAUGUGUUAACCCAUAUCACUAUGAACGAGUUGUAUCACCAGGCAUUGGUAAUUAUUUGUUAAAAUUUAUUUAUCUGAAACAAAUAUUUAAAAUGUAUUAUUUAUUUUUUUAGAUCUAAGUGGUCUAACUCUUCAGAGUGGUACUUCUACUAAUGGUUCUGGUCGAAUAAUUGGUCUAAGAGAUGAGUAUACGGCUGGUGGAGGAGGAAUAUCACCUUCUCCACCAGGUUCUAGUCAGGUUAGCAGUUCCAACAUGGACAGUGAUGUAUCUGGAAACAGUCCGGCUGUAACUGUGCAACAUCACUUACCAUCUUUAUACCGCCAACAAACUACAGCCACUGAUGUAUCCCAACAACCCACUGUUUCUCAAACUGCUGCUGGUGAGAAUUGAAACAUAUUUUAUUCAAAUAAAUAAUUGCAUGUUAUUGAUAAUUAGUUGAAAUUACCUAUUUUCAAUUCACUAAAUCUUAGUGUUUAGAACAAUUAUUUUCUGUUUUAGAAGUUUGUUUAUUGGUAUUGCAUGUGUAGUUAUUAGUAGUCAUAAUUAUUUGUAGGAGAUAUUGAUAUGUAUCAUGCUACACCUCAGCAGCAACAACGACCUAGUCAUCAAAUUGGUAUAAAUUCUCAAGUGCAGGUUAAGACUGAAUCGUGUAAUAGUUGGAUGCCGGCUACACCAUCACAUAUAUCUCCCAAUAGUAAGUAGUAUAAAUUUUCUUAGGUUUUUAAAGUAAUGAUUUGAUCAUUAAACCUAUUAAUUUAAAAUUGUCUAUUUACAACACUGAAGUUUAAAUUAUAUAACUUAAUAUAUACUAAUAUAAAGCUAAAAUUAUUCUCUUUAUUAAAAUGUAUUGUUAAUGUAAAUAAAUUAACUGGUUAAGUUAGGACCCCACAAUAAAUACUUACAAAUAUUCAUCAUUUCCAAUGAUUAUUAUUACAUAAGUUAUGGCAAUGUAAGAAUUUUCACAUUUGUCAAAAUAUACUAGUCAUGUAAUUGUAAUACUUAAUGUAACAUCCUGUAAGUGAAAUAUAUUCAAAUAUAUAUAUUUAUUGAUUUUGAAUCAUUAUCUAUAUAGUUUAUGUUUUUUUUGAUUAUUUUGUAUCAUACAAAUGUAAUCAAACAAAAUAUAUUGUUUUAUUUUAAAAAUAUAAUUUUAAAUUCGUACCUAUAUUUUCUUAAUAAUAUUAAUUUAUUAAUCGUUAUAACUUAAUUUUAUUUACCAUACAGUUGUUUCAUACUUUAUUUCAAUUUAAUAAAUUGGAUUUAAAAAAAUGUUUUACUUGUAAUAUAUUAUUUCUUAUGAUUUUGAUUAUUAUUUGAAUGCAUUUUUUUUUUUUACUUAUUAUUUUGGAUUGAUAAUUUGUUUUGUUUAGUCAUAAGCAUGUAGUCAAUAUUAUUACAAUUUGUUUAAAAUAUUUAGUUAUGGAAAUAUCAAGUAUUAUUUCAUAAAAUUUGUUUUUACAAAUAGUAUUAAAAAUGCAUAUAGUUUAUAUUAAAUAUUGUUGUGCUUGGUAAAUGGUAGUUAAUCUAUUUAAUAAUAAUUAAUUUUAUGAAGACAUGUUAAAUUAUGUUAAACAUUUGUUUUAGGACCACCAAAUAUGCCAUUACAAAACUCAAGUAUGUUUUCAGGACAAGAUAAAGAAAAUUUAUGUAAGCCAUUAAUCAUAUUAUUUAGUGAUAAGUUAUUAUUAUAAGUCAAUUAUUUGUGUUUGAACUUAAUUUUUGAAUUUAUGCUGAACCCUAGAAUAAUUUGAAUCGAACCAGAGUUGAACUUGAAUGAAAAUGUAAAAUGGAUACAAUUAUUAAAGCUAUAACUUAUUAGUAUUACUGUACUUGUUUAAUUGAACUGUGGUAUUUAAAUUAUAGGAUUUGAUUUUCAGUUAAUAAAAAUCAUAUAAUUUUAUCUAUUUUAUAUAUUAUUUUUUUGGUUUUUGAACAAUUAAUCUUAGUUAUUUCAGUUAUAAAUGUUACUAUUACUAUUUAUUAUUAAAGUUUUGAAAAUAUUUAAUAUUAAUUCUCUAUUAUUCUAUAAUUAAUAUUAUUAUAAAAUAUUUUAUUUUUUUAAUUUAUUUAGUACCUAAUCAAACAAUGACACCUCAUGAUUAUCAAGGACCUAAUGCUACUAUGCCAGGUACUACCACAGGUAAUCGACCUGUAUUAAGCACACUUACCUAUACACAUUCAAUGCAACCUCCACAUCCAACAUUUUGUGAGCAUAAAUUUAACAAGUUAUUUGUUUUAAAUUUAAAUGAAUAUCUUCAAUUAAAUUGUUUGUUUUAUUAUAGGGGGGAUGUCCGAAAUGGGAUUAACUGGUUUGUUAUCAUCACAGCCAGCUCCUGAAUACUGGUGUUCAAUUGCUUACUUUGAAUUAGACACUCAAGUUGGUGAAACAUUUAAAGUGUCAUCUACUUGUCCACACGUCACUGUUGAUGGAUAUGUUGAUCCAUCUGGAAGUAAUAGAUUUUGUUUAGGUGCCCUAAGUAAUGUCCAUAGGACUGAACAAAGUGAGAAAGCUAGGUAAACAUUACUAUUAUUACUCUCAAUAUAUAACAUAAUAAAUUAAAUGUAUUGCAUAUACAUAAUAUAUAUUUAGGUUUUACAGAAUUAUAAUUUAAAAAUAAUACUAUAUUUAUAAUUAACAUAAAUAAUUGUAUAGAAUAAUAAUGAUCAUUGCAGAUUGCAUAUUGGAAAAGGUAUACAACUUGAUCUAAUCGGAGAAGGUGAUGUUUGGUUAAAAUGUCAGAGUGAUCAUUCAGUUUUUGUACAAUCAUAUUAUUUGGAUAGAGAAGCUGGCAGAGCUCCUGGAGAUGCGGUUCAUAAAAUUUAUCCCCAUGCAUAUAUUAAAGUAUAUUUUUCCUAAUUACAUACUAUAAAUGAAAAUUGAUUCUGGACAAUAAAAACAAAAAAAAGAUUAGUUUAAUGAUUUUUUUUAAAAAAUUGUUUAGGUCUUUGAUCUAAGACAGUGUUAUAGACAAAUGCACCAACAAGCUGAAUCUGCUCAAAAUGCAGCUGCCACUCAAGCAGCAGCAGUUGCUGGACAUAUAGCAGGACCUCAUAGUGUAGGAGGUAUUGCUCCUGCUAUAAGUAGGUUAUUAAAUUACACAUCAAAUAUAUAUAUAUGUGUUAAAUCCAAAUUAAAACAUUUUAUUUUUAUUUAAGGUUUAAAUGCUGCAGCAGGUAUUGGGGUUGACGAUUUAAGAAGAUUGUGCAUAUUAAGAUUAAGUUUUGUAAAAGGUUGGGGUCCUGAUUAUCGACGGGGUAGCAUUAAAGAGACCCCAUGUUGGAUAGAAGUAUGUAUCAAAUUACAGUUUAAAAAAUACUUAAUUUAGUUUAAUUGGUAGUGUACUAAAAUAUCUGAUUACUGUAUUGGUACACAUUAAAGUCCUGGUGUGGGCUUUAUAUUUCAAAUUCAAACCGACCCAAAUAAAAAACUUUUCUGAAUCUACCUUGCCAGAAUCAUUUUACAUAUUAACAUAUUAAUUUAACCCCCGGCCCCAUUUAUUUGACCAGAUCAAGUCUUAUGUUAAUUUGUUUGGAUUCAAAUUAAUAUGCACCACAAUCAAGUGAAAAAAUUAGAAUUAUUAAUAGGAAUUCCUUUAAUUUUUAGCUCUGUCCAGCCCAAAUUUUAAAUGAAGUUAAAUUAAACUUGUGUUACCUGGUCAACUAACAUUAAAAGUGAUUAAGCUUUGUUUAGCUUAAAUCUUUACCACUAAGUUACAGACCAGGCUAGAAUAAAAAAUUAAAUAUCUAAACAAAGACUGUUCUGUGCUCAUGCUAACUGUAAUUUUAGUAUAUAAUAAGCUUAGUCACUGGAUGUUAAACAAGUGAACUGUCAAUUAAAUUGGGUAUAUUUACUAAUCUUGUUUAAUAUAGAAAUUUAUAGACCCAAGAUACGAACCAGUAAUAUUUGUGAAUAAUUUAAUAUACUACCAACCAAAAAGAAUAUUUAAUUUUAAAAUUUGUACUGUCAUAGUAAGAAAAUAAUAUAAAAAUAAACCAAAUAUAUUAUAUUAGCCAUAUAUUGAUUGUACAUUGUAUCUCAUUAUAGCUUUAUCAUUUUUUAUAUCACAUAAGCUAGUAAAAUAAUAUAAUCUAGGAUAACUAACAAGAUAACAUAAUCAAUAAUUUGUACUUGUCAAUGAUUACAGGUUCAUUUACAUAGAGCAUUGCAACUUUUAGAUGAAGUACUACACUCUAUGCAAAUUGAUGGUCCAUCAAGAGCUUAAUUUAAAUUAGAAACUAAAUAUUUAAGCGUAGUAAGUAUGUUUUAAGAAGAAAAUUGAUAAUAAUGUUUGAAAAAGAAAAAAAUAUUUGAAUUUUCUGUUAGUUAUAGCAUUUGAAAAUGCUAAAAUCGAAUAGGGUCCUGAUAAAAAAUUACCUAGGUUUUGUUGUUUAAAUUGUUUUUACUUUAUAACACAUUAUCUAUAGUCAGAUCAGUCCUGAAAAUGUUUUAAAUUUUAUAAAUACUUAUGGUUACUACAAAAAAACAACUGUUUACAUUAAAUAGGUUUCCAUUACUAUAAUUAUAUAUGUAUUUUUAUCUAUAACUGAGCUAUUGUUUUUUAUUUAUUUAUUUUAUUUUGUUGAACAAAUAUUGAGUUAUAAAGUUAUUUUAUACAUGUAUAAAAACUCUAUCCUAUGUUGCUUGUUACAUUUAUAGAAACCAGUAUUUUUUUUCUAACAAUACUUUUUGACAACCUAACGAUUCAAUUUUCUGGAUAUUGAGAAAAAAGUAAUUAAUAGCUAUUACUUGAAAAUAUCUCUUAGUUUUAAAAUAAAAUGUUAUUGCUCCAUUAUAAAUAAUGGGCAUUUAUUGUAACCCUAUUUCUUAACUACCUCAAAUCCCUUGAUAAUAUAUAUUUUUAAAUGUCCUAAAAGUUUGAAUAUUUUUCAUUAUUUUUUUUUCUACUGUUAGGUACACAGUUACCAAAACUUUUUUUCUGCAGAAAACUAUUUUUCAAUAUGUAAAUGUAAAAUGUUUUUAUAUUAAUGUGGAUGUCUAUUUUUAUUGUUUUUGCAAUUUUGUUAAGCUCUACAAUAGACUUUUAUUUUUUAUUAUUAUUAUUAUUAUUAUAUACACAAAAUCUGUAUUAAACGUAUACUUUUUAUAUUAUAUAAUAAACGUGAUAAUUGGUAUGUUCAUUAACAAUAUGAAUACAUGCAUACAUAUAUACUGGAAAAUUUGUAAUUAUAGAUUAUUUAGAAUGACAGUAAAAUAAAAUAAAAACAUUUUUGAUAAAUCUGUUCAUAAUCAUUCGUAACUAUUUAAAAUUAAAUUUAAUAUUUACUUAUUGUACCGUGUUCUGCAGAUAAUAUGUGAUAAUUCAAUGGUUGUUAGAG